AAGUGGAGGAUGUUGAGAAACGGCUGGAGGUGUACAAGCCGCUGGUAAAUCUUGUCUGUAACAUGGUUACCAUGGGCAGUCUGUACGGAGGCGACAACCUAAUGCUGGCCACAGAGUACAGGAAGCACUUGCUGUCCCCAGAGCAGUAUUCUCCACCCAAGAAGAUGCUGGAGUUCUCUCGGCGCCGUCAAGAGGAGCAGAUAGUGCAGGAGAUAGAGGAGGAUGUGAGGCAGCUUACCCAGGAGCAGGCUGACCUGCAUGAGAAGCGUGAGAAGCUGAACAGUCUGGACCGGGUGCUGCAGGAGCAGGCCUUCCAGGUGACCGGUCUGAAGGAAGACAGGGUUGCCAGUCUAGCUGAAAAAAAGGAGAUGCUAGAGAAGGCAUUGGGUGGGCUCCUCAAGAAGCAGGACCAGCAUGUAACCAACCCGCGUGAGCUUGACAUCCUGGUACAGCAGCAGAAGACCAUCGAGCGUGAGCUCUCACGGGUCCUACAGCAGCUUGCUGAUGCUUCAAAGGAGUUGGAGGAGACUACAGCAGAGAACAACCGACUGGAACAUGAGGUGGCGCUGCUGCAAUCUCAGGUGUAUGGGAACGUCUCACGCAGCAAGAGUGCACCUGCACUGUCGAGUGAAUCUCUGCGCACAAAGAUGAAGAUGGAGCGUGACCUUGCCAAGGUUAAGGACAUUAUGGAAGGUCUUUCAGAGGAAGGGGCCCGCCUACAGGAGAUGAUCAGCACCCUGAAGAGGCCCAAACCAGGGGAUGGCCAACCAAAUGGUUCAUCACCAAAUGUUAUAUCUCCAGGUGAUAAAUCAUCUGACAAGGCUGAUGGGAGACUGGCUCAGAUUGGUUCCACGUAUUACGAGACUGACCUAGAUUCGGGCGAGUGUAAGAACCUGGGUCACGUGUCAGCACUCCUUGCCUCGUUCCCCCACUAUCAGCCUGUGUCUGAUAGGAGUCCCCCCGCCAGUGGCAACAGCUUGUUCAAGCCUGUGGACUCUGAGAAGCCACUUCAUGCCACCUCUGCUGCCUCCACAUUCCAAAAACCAGCGUCAGCAAAUCAUAUACAGGCUGAUGAUGGGACAGAUGGCUUGCCCAAUCAGUGGGACAUUGGGGAUGCUGAAGACAACACCAAACGCUUCUUUGGUCUUUUGCCAAAAAACAUGCCUAAACAGCAGACGGUCAGAGAUGUAAAACGACAUGCAGAUGCAAGGAAAAAAAAGGAAGAUGAUCCACCCCCGCUUCAUGUCGGUGUUGUCCCUUCAGAAUAUACCCACUCUGAAUCUCAUGUCUACGAAAACCUACCCCACCAGAUGGCCUCAUCUCCCACACAGCCCCAGCCGCCGUGGGCACCUGCAGUUGUAACCAGUGAAGUGGAACCUGUCGGAAAACAGCGUCGAAGAUCUAACCUGCACCUAAUCACACCCAAACCUUUUACUCUCAAUAGUAAACCCACUCCAUUUAGCAGUGUAAACAAUGUAUCCUCCUUACCACAGUACCGCAGUGUAAGUUCCAAUCUUGACCAAACAGACGCACCCUUACAAAGCAUUAAUAUUCAGAAUAACCAAUCACAGCCCAGUUUACAAAAUGGUGGUGUAAAUGCUGACUUAAGCAAAUCAAAUGACACUUAUCAACCAACAGAGUCAAUGAGAACACAGCCUUCCAACAAAACUCCGCCUCCUCCCCCAGUUAGAGAAUCUAGCAAGUACAUCACAGCAGAGGUCAGUCAUCAGAACUUUGCUGACAUUCUGGGAAAGUCUCCAACAAACAGAAACUAUGAGCGUCCUGUGCCCACAAUAUUGAAGAAAGGCAAGAAUAACCGAGCCUUGAACAAGAUGCGUUACAUGACAAUUUCAAGUUCAGAGCCUGUUAAGUUGGAAAAGAGCUCGCCUCAUUCACCGAAACUUCACAGCCAGGCUGGGGACCUGAUCACAUCGCUGGACGUGCCAGACAUUGUGAAAAGCUCCACCACAAAGGCUGACAUGUUUGAUGAGCGAACAAUCGACAGAGAAGUCUUGUUUCGUCCGGCAAAGGUAGAAAUCCCGGAGCGAUACAUUCCAGACUCAGACGAUGAAAGCGUAACAGAAGAAGAGAAAGUAAAACGUCGCGAGAAAGCUGACAAAAUCAAAAGGAUUUUAACACAACAGAGCGUUCACUCCCUGUCCCAGCCGGACGUGAGCCGGGUGGCAGGCGAGGUACACGAGCGGGUCCAGCAGCAGAAACAACAAAGGGCACUGCUCCUUGGCAUCAACCAGGAGCUCGCAGAGCAGGUCAAACGCAAGUCCAGACAGUACGCAGCUGAGAGAAGGAAGACAUGGUCUGGCUCAAAUAACAAACCAGAAGAGGACGUUAGUGCUAAUCAUGCAGAGACUGAUGAUGAACAACAUGGUGGAGAUAGCAACAACAACUCUUUCCUGUCUUCUGACACUGGCAAAUAUACAAGCCCAAAGAACAGCAAUGACCUCCAAGAUAGAUACAACCCUAGGAAUUACCAACAAGAAAAAGGUUACACACAAGCUGGGCGGUAUCAAGGGGACGAAGACUUUUCAGUGGAUGAUGAACAAUACAGUGGCCAGUACAGUGAGGACUCUUAUUCUAAAGGAGACAAUUCUUAUUUAAGAGGCAAAGCUUAUUUCAAGGGGGAUAACUCAUACACAAUGGGAGGGAAUUCCAGUGGGUAUCCAGAUAUGUACAAUUCUACCUCAUAUUCUGAACAGCCAAACUUCAAAAUUUAACAGCUAUUUGUGGAAAUUUUUUAUUUUAAUUAUGCAAUUUCAUAUGUUUUGAUUGGGAUUUUAUUGUUGAUUAUAAAAUAUUAUACUGUUUUUGUAAAAUAUGCAUUUUAUUAUGAAAAUGUGCUUCCAGAAAAGGAAAUUUCUUUAAGAAGAAAUUGGAUACACUUUUAUAAUAUCUUAGUCAGGUUGGCAUGUAAAAAAAAAAAUUCAUUUAAGAGUUAAAAGUAAGUCACAAUUAGUUGUGCUUAGACUGACAUUAUAACUGUACACAAUUUUACAUGAAUGCAUUGCUAGCUGUGUGAUGUUUUAAUUUUAGUUCUUUAAUAUCAUAUAAUAUAGUUGACUCGAAAAUUCUAGAAAGUAGCCUUCGUUAAUAUGGUGGGUAAAUGUAAUUAAUAUUUGUAUUCAUAUAAAGAAACAUAAUCUUUUGUAAAUGAAAUGUGUCUUGCAAAAUUUGACCUGCAUCAUGCAAAAUUGGGUCUUACUACAUGUGUGACCAGAGAAUCUCCAGCCCAGACCAGUCAGGAGCAAACCUGUACGCUUAUGAGACCACGUUCAUGACUAUACCUGACAGCGUAGCUCCUCACCAGACUGGGCAAUUCAGCAGAAUGAUCUGUAGCUAGGCUUGGCACAUAUGACAUGGCUUAUUUUGGUCAUGACACAUUUGGUUUUGUUAUUGCAGUAUGAUGCUGAAUUAAGUGUAUACUUUUUUGCUUUUUGUCAAUGCAUUCCAUAGUUGUAUACCAGUAUUUUCAAAAUAUUUUCUAUUUUAUAACCUUGCAAUAUUUCCCUUUUAAUAUUUGUUUACGAACAGUAGGAAAUGCUGACUAAUAUAAUAGCUAUAGUUUUGUGAGUCUUUUAUAAUUUAUUAGAUGCAAAGUAAAGUGUACAUGCUAUCAACAUGAUAUUUCUUUUAAUAAAUAACUGUUAUUAUAUUUAAGUUCAAUAUAUAUUUCUGUGUUAUUGUUAUAUACUUGUUUUAUUACAUUGAAAUCAAAAGCAAAACGUACAGAUAUUUUUUAAGAACUCACUUUUAAUAUUAUAAUAAUGCAUUAUAGUUAUUAUUUGUAUGAUUAUCGAGGGUUAAACAAGAAAACUUUGUAUGUAAUACGGGAAGGCUCUGAAGGUACAUGUAUUUCACACUCAACUGUCAAAUUAUCCAGAUAAUGUAUUCCCAAUCCAUCUGUGUUUGUUAUUGGGUGAUGUGGUUUGAACAUAGUGCAAUACAUGGCUAGCAAUACAAUGUGUGGGAUCUAGCUUAUUGGUCAGUUUUCACAAACAUAUCUUGUACAUGACAACGAUUGUAAAAAUGUUUUGCUACUGUCCAUUCACGUAUCUAACUAACCAACACAAAUCAUUUGCUUAUAAGAGUUUCUUCAUUACUCUAUUUCAAUUUUAAUUGUUACAUUUUAAUAAGAAUUAUAAACUUGUCUGUUUUGUUUUUAUAAUCUUUAAAAAAAUAUUGUUAUUGUUUUUUUUAAAGAUGUUGGGCUUAUUUAGAAAAAUGUCACGUAAACAUGUCGGGGGAAACAAUGUAUAAUUCAUAAGAAGCUAAGCAAAUGCAUACACAUGCCUAUUUUUCUAAUUAGUUUAUGACAUAAUAUCAUUGUUAGUAGUUGCUACGGUUGAAUUAAUGCUGGUCCUGUAGACUCACAGAAUCUGACUGAUGGAUCUGUUAAAUAAUAUUUGUUCUUCAUUUUAAAUGAAAGUUGUAAAAAGUGUUUAUUAUUUCAUCCUCUAAAUCAUCAUUUUAUACCACCAUCAUAAAAUAAACAUCUUCAUUUUUUCAUCAUCAUCAUGAACAGACUAGUUAGUGUUUUUGUAUCUAUGUUUCAAACAGCUGCGAUGCGUUGAACAAAAGCAUGAUCAUCAUCAUGAGCAGGGGAAUCAUUGAUUACACCAACAACAGCAUCUUGACAUCAGCAUCAUUUUUUGAGAUAUCAUCUAUAUAUAGCCAUUUCUUUUUGUAGUAGACAUACCUGUAGGUGGAUUACUGGAAGUUGUGCAUUUUUUACAUCUUUUAAGUAUUUAAUAUAUCUAUGCAAGCUGUGUGAUUAUUAACAUUUAAGGUUAUGAUAUUAUUACAUUUAUAUUUAGAUUGUAAUGUAACUUGUUUGUAUCAUUCAAAGUAUAUUUACAUAUGAUUUUAUUAAUAAAAUUUAUGUCAAUAUUGAUUUUGUACAAUGUUUUAUGUGGAUAUAUAAUUUUUUUUCGACAUGUACAUCAUUUGACUGGUACGCAUGUAUUCAUCUGUAUCUUGAUCAAAUACAAGACAUAAACUUA